CGCGCGGCCGCGAGCUCCUGCCGGCAUCUUCGUGGUCUUCUCGGAGCGGUAGUCUGAGCAUCCCGAACUCUCUGUCCCGCACUUUGCAGCUGCCACGCAGACACUCUCUCGGGCCCCCCAGUAAACCGUAACUGAAGAAAAAUGAUGGAAGAGAGCGGAAUAGAGACAACCCCCCCGGGGACCCCUCCACCGCACCCCGCGGGACUGGCCGCAGCUGCUGUGGCUUCCACCCCGCUGCCUUUAGCUGCAACCAGUUCUUUCUCUUCUCCAAAUGUGUCGUCCAUACAGUCCUUGCCGCCACACGCGUACUCCACCCCUCAGCCGUCCCUCCCUCCCGUGAGGCCUUCCGCACCCUUGCCCUUCGUGCCGCCUUCACCGGUCCCUUCUGUUCCAGCCCUUGCUACUUCCAUCCCACCUCCUGUCUCUCCACCGCCUGCUGCUGCCUUCAGUAACCCUCCUCUGCCCCACUUCCCGGCUUCAUCUUCUGCCCCAAGCACUCUUUUAUCUGCACCCUCUUCUGUUCCUCCCACGUCGGGAUUUUCCGUUGGGGCAACUUACGACAUUACAAGGGGACAUGCGGGAAGAGCUCCCCAGACGCCCCUGAUGCCGUCAUUCUCUGCACCUCCGGUAACAGGUAUGUUGCCGACUCCCAUUACCCAGCAAGCCAGUUUGACAUCUCUGGCCCAGGGACCGGGGACCACAUCAGCCAUUACUUUUCCAGAGGAGCAAGAAGAUCCUCGAGUUGGUAGAGGUCAGGAUGAGGCAUCUGCUGGUGGACUCUGGGGUUUUAUUAAGGGUGUGGCCGGAAAUCCUAUGGUGAAAUCUAUGCUCGAUAAAACAAAACAUUCAGUAGAAAGCAUGAUUACAACGCUGGACCCUGGCAUGGCUCCGUAUAUCAAAUCUGGAGGUGACCUGGAUAUUGUCGUGACCUCAAAUAAAGAAGUAAAAGUUGCUGCCAUCCGAGAUGCCUUCCAGGAGGUCUUUGGCUUAGCUGUGGUCAUAGGGGAAGCUGGACAGUCCAAUAUUGCCCCACAGCCAGUGGGCUAUGCGGCUGGACUAAAAGGUGCCCAGGAACGGAUAGACAGCUUGCGUCGAACUGGAGUGAUCCAUGAAAAGCAGACUGCUGUGUCAGUAGAAAACUUCAUUGCGGAAUUGCUACCUGACAAAUGGCAGACUUUGGGAUGUCACUUACAGCUAGUUCCAGUCAUUUUUUUCAAUGCACUACAAAUCAUACCCUGUUUCAUUUUUCCCUAGGCUCAAAGCCUCACUCCCCAGGACUACAGUCUGAGGUGGUCAGGCCUUCUGGUGACAGUGGGUGAAGUCCUGGAAAAGAGCUUAGUGAAUGUGACGCGGACCGACUGGCACCUGACAUUCACCGGCAUGUCUCGCCGGCAGAUGAUCUACAGUGCGGCCAAAGCCAUUGCUGGCAUGUACAAACAGCGCCUGCCCCCCAGGACCGUGUGACGGAAGACUCACCCAGGGCCCGGAGACCACUUCGCUUGGAACUUGGCGGUAAAGACUUGGUCCCAUCCCCAGGUGGAGAGCUCCAGUGGAUGCAGCAGUCUUGAGAAUUUGCCUGUAGGCUGCACUUGAUCUUUCCUAGAAAGGCACGGUGUCAUUCCAGGAGCUACAAAGAAGCAGAUCUUGGCCGUGGUUGUGUCAUUUCACGUACCACCACAGUUCUUAGAAAACAAAAUAUAUAAAUAUUUUUAUAGGACAGUUUGAUACACCAAAUUUGUAAGGGGCAAAUUCACGUGCUAUGACAUUUAACUUAAUGAUAUAGACUUGAUUUUGUUGUUUAAGAAGAUAUGAUUCGUUUAAGAACAUGUUAUUGUUUAUUUCAUGAUUUCUCUCUUCUCAGUCUUUGAUGCUUUUUGUGUGUGCAGGUCAUCUCAGGUCUGACGCUGAGCUGUGAGCUCAGUAGCUGACCCUCAGACACGUACUUGCAGAGAGAUGGCGCACACUUCUAUGCAUACUUUUUACAUGGGCCAAAAUAAUGGGUUUUUUUCGUUAUCAUGUACGUACACACAUCAUCUAAAAAAAGAGUUUUUUUUAAAAUAAGUUUUGGCAUUUCACAGAUUUAGACUCUGAAGCAUUGCAGUAGUAUGUUUUAUUUUCCAUUGCUAUAUGACAACUAAGUGGCCCAUGAUUUGAAGGUAUUUUAAAUCAGAAGCAUUUUGGUUAUUUUUAUAUAAUACUAUUCAGUAUUUCCAAGUGAACUCUGACAAUGGCCAUUAUUUCUGCCUCCACUCAUACAUUCUCGAGUGUCGUAGAGAAAUUUUUCAGAGGAAUUACUUUGUUAUUUAUGAAAUUGUAUGCCUCUUUUAGUUAAGGUUACUUAACAUUUAGUUUGCCUUAAACACUGCUUUUCUAACUUGGUGCCAUUCUGCCUUUACUCUUUAUGGAAAUUUUCAGUGAAACUGUUUAAUAUUCAGCUGGUUUAUCUAGUCCAUCAUGUUUGUAUUUAGUGAAAGCUUCUCCCCCCGCUAAUCCCACAUAAUAUAUUUUAGCAUUUUUGGAUUUAUAUAAAUCAAAAUUUAAAUAGUUUGUUUUAUACUUUGGACUCUAUGUAUGCAAGUUCCUAUAACUUUUUGAAGAUAGUGUCUUACACAAAUGUAAUUUAAUUUUUAUUUACUCGUCUAUACAGUUCUUUAGCUGUAAAUUAAUUAGCACAAUCUUAUAAAGGGUAUUGAAGCUCUUAUCCUGCACUGUCACUACAGGUAAUGUUGGCUUUGUAUUCCUUUGGGUACUUACUUGAUUUUUGCUUUUUUACCCAAGGACGAGAAGCAUUAUUUUCACAACUAUAUGUUCAUUUCCAAGCACCAUAUGAUUGCUUGGUGAAAUUAAGACUUGUUUGUCAUUAAAAGUAAGGAGAGAAAAGACAUGUAACCAGUUGCUGCGGCAUAAUAGGGCUAGAAUGCUUUUCUCCCCUCUUUUCUUGCUAUUUGUGCAACACUCUAUGUUUUCUCCAUCUGAUUAAUAAAAAAGAGAAGCCAUUCUGUACCACUUGCUUUUAUCCUUUAUUUUUAAAAAGCUACACUUUUCUAACAGGAUUUUAUCAUGGCAUUGGCCUGGUGACAAAUCACAAUUAGGGAUGAAGGAUGCCCGUACUUGGAAUAUGCAAGUGCAGAUAUGUCACUUUCCCUCCCAUUAUAGGGAGUCUUAGAGAUCCUAAAAAAAUGUCUUUUUCUUUUUAUUUUACCAAGUCUCAAUAGUUUAUGUUUUUGAAGGCUGUUUUCACAGAAUCACAAACACGGACAUCCCCUUAGAGGACAUUUUCCCACAGUCCUCAAAUUCUUCAGUUAUUCUGUAGCUUGGGUGAAGCCAGGUAAUUUUCCCAGCCCUGUUCAUCUGCUGAACCUUCUGCUCUUUGGAACAGUGUGAGUGGGCGAGGAGGAUUAGGGAAGGGCACAUGAAAAAGAUAAACCCAGGAUCCACUUUUGACCUCUGACACUUCUUUUGGCCCCCAGUUACCGUUGAAAGUCAUCCAAGCAUGACUGACUCCACACACUCUGUUUUCCGCACCUCACGCUUAUUUUUUCAUCUUUAGAUUUCUUUGUCGUAUGAGGGGCAAGAAAAGUCACUCAUUGCUUCGUACGCAGCCAAGCCGGGCAGGCCCGUGGUGAGUGUUGGCCUGAGAUAUAUGCGAGCCCUUGGUCCGAGGCCACAUUUCCCCUCACCUGUCACCCAGCCGCCCCUGGUUCUUUGCCCUUCCUGCUCAUUCCCUCCUGACACUAGCAUUUCUGAGGGAGAGUCAGACUUGGGGCUCUUUGCUCUUUUGGUCCCUCAAGCUUCUCAGGAAAACCGAUCUCUAACACAGUUCUUCAGCACUGUUCUUAUGGUCGGGUCUGCGAUAUUUUGUUCCUCUGAAAUGCUCCAGGAAUCACUUCGUGAAUUUUCUCUGCUGGUACGCUUUUUUGUUUUAAUUAAGCAGUGUGAAGGCCACCAGGAAAAAUGCAGCAAGAGAAAUGUAAUGUCAACCUUAGGUGACAGAAGGAACUCCGAUGACUCCAUUCAAGACCCUUCGGCUAAUAAGCCUGGACCAGGGCUGUGCCGCAGUUGGAAAGCUUCAGGCAGUUCUAGUUUUCUCCUCCUGUCUCUUAAUUACUUCCCCAUUCUUUGUUCCUUUCUAUCUUAAGGAUUAAUGAGGUAGAAAAUCAAGAUGACUGAAUUCAAACCAAAUGGUAGUAUACUGGUAAGUUUAAGGAGAGUAUGAUAUGCAUGUAUUCAGAAAUUAUGCAAAUUAGCAAUACACUCAGGGUCAACUUAAUUACUUUAUGUUGUUGAAUUUACUUUGUUCCUUGACUACAAAAAAUUCUCAACAGGUAUUUGUGUUCUCUGAAGCCAAAUUGAUGGUAUUUUGUGAUCCACAGAUGUUGGGUUAUGCAUAAAUUAUUAAGAAACUUGGGUUUUUACUCCCAGAAUAUGAUGUUCAUUCGUAAGAAACUCUGCAGGAUGAUGUACUGGAUAAGAACAGUUUUGUAAGUAUGUAAAUAUGUCAUAAAUAAAUAAUACCUCAUUUUAUUUCCCAAA